AUGAAAUUUCAAUUAUUAACUUUAGCUACCAUUGCUACUACUGCCUUUGCCAUCAACUUGGAACAAGUUAGAUUGAUCAAUGAUGAUGAAUUGAUUGUUCAAGAUGCUCAAUACAACUACCCAGCCAUUGUCAACUUGAAAGAUGAAGAUGCUGAAGUUGAAAAAACUACUGCUAAGAAGGAUAAAUCUACUUCUUCUACUGUUAUUGAAAUUUCUUCUUCAUCAUCUUCUGCUUCUACUACUUCCACUAAGAAACACGAUAUCACUUCUACUUCUUCUAGCAAACACAAGACUGAAACUGCUUCUGUUACCAAAACUGGUGCCGGUGAAACCGUCACUGCUCUUGUCAUUGCUCCAGUCUUAGCUGGUGUUGCUAUGUUGUUGUAA